UCAAUUCUAUCCCAAUCCGCGCGCUGCCUUGCUGCGUCGUUCCGUCGUUCGCGCAACCCGUCGCUUCGCUGCAUGGCGUCUGCGGCUGCACCACCCCCUCCUAAAUACUUCCUACUCGAGUACAAGUACGUCCCGGAUAUCCUAGAGAAGCGGGCGCCAUUCCGGUCUGCUCACAUUGACGGUGCGAAAAAGCAGGCCGAAGCUGGGAAGAUGGUCUUGGCUGGUGCCUUCGGGGAGACGCCGGAAGGUGCUCUCUUCGUGUUCAAGGACGUGACCCGGGAGGAGAUAGAGCAGUUUGUGCAGGCGGACCCCUACGUGCAGAAUGGGCUUGUACCCUCCUGGCAGGUCAAGCCAUAUGCCGUGGUUGUUGGUCCCAACUGACGAGGGAAGGACGUCCUUCACCAAGCUGCCAUAAAUGAAUCAGAUUUUGUAACCUAAUGUAAUCCAUGGUG